AAGUAUAAAAAGCUCAUCUACCCAUUUGCUGCUUUCCACAUCCCAGCCCCUCAAUAAUUUGAAACUAUGAAGUGGGUAACAUUAAUUUCUUGUCUUUUUUUGAUAAGCCUGGCUGAGUCUAAACAGCUGCCCAGAAGGUACCGGGAUGUAGGACGCCAGGACACCUUCAGACAUUUCAUUAAAAUAGCAGAGGGUCAGUUUCCAGGCAUCAUCAUCGGCUUGUUCUCGCAGAAUCUGCAGAGAGCUUCAUAUGAUGAGGUGGCUAAACUGAAUGACAAUCUUGUAGAGCUCGCCAAGAAAUGUUCUAGUGAUGAACAAGCAGCCCCAGACUGUGAAAAGCCUUUGCAUAUUGUUUUUCUGGAUGAAAUUUGUCAUGAAGAAGGUCUUGCAGAGAAAUAUGGAUUUACUGAGUGUUGUGGCAAAGUUGAUCCAGAAAGAAAUGAAUGUUUUCUAACCCAUAAAAAUGAAACUUCUGGAUUCAUUCCUCCUGUUGUAAUGCCAGAUGGAGAGAACGUCUGCAAAGCAUACCAAGAUACAAGAGCUAAAUUUCUGGCCAGUUACUACUAUGAGCUUUCCAGAAGACAUCCUGUUGCAAAGGUUGCCAUACUCUAUAAUACAGUUAAAGAGUUUGAAAAGGUACUGCAAACUUGCUGUCCGGAAACUGACAAGGAUGCCUGCUUCAAAGAAAAGUUGCCAGCUGUGAGAGAGCAAAAGAAUUAUGCCAUCGGAUUGCAGAAGCACACCUGUUCCAUCCUGAAAGAGUUUGGGAAAAGAUCCCUGAAGUUUCAGGAAGUUGCUGAGCUGAGCCGGAAGUUCCCAAAGGCAGAUUUUCCUACCGUUCUCAAGCUUGCUGAUGAUAGUGUACACAUCCAUGAAGUGUGCUGCAAGGGUGAUACUCUGGAGUGUUUGCUUGACAUUGCAGAUAUGAUAGAGUAUAUUUGCACCCACCAAGACACUAUAUCUACUAAAGUGAAGGACUGUUGCGACAGGGAACUGCUGGAUCGAGGAGAUUGUCUCAUAAAAGUGGGAAAUGACGACAAACCUGCCGAUUUGCCUCCCACUUUCAAGGAGUUUGUGGUUAAGGAAACAUGCCAAAAUUUCACGGAGAACAAGGCUACUCUUCUAGAAAAGUUUGUUUAUGAGACUGGAAGGAGAAACCCUGAGUUUUCUAAGCAGCUGCUGCUGAGAGUUGGCAGUAAAUAUGAGGGUUUGUUGGAAAAGUGCUGCGAAACUGAGAAUCCUGAAGAGUGCUUUCAUCAAGAGGAAGGACAGCUAAGACAACACGCUGACUAUACCCUGGAAACACUUAAGAUGCGCUGCAAUUUGUACGAGAAAGCAGGAGACCACGGCUUCCAAAAUGAAAUCCUUGUCCAUUAUACCAAGAGAGCUCCCCAGAUGACAUUUGAAGAAUUGUAUCAGUACACAAUGAAAUUUGCAGGUGUUGUUGCCAAAUGCUGUAAGGAGAAUGAUGCACACAUACUGGUGUGUGCAGAAGAGAAAACAGACCUUUUACUAGGAGAAGUAUGCCAGCGACAUGAAGUUAAACCACUAAACAAACAAAUGCACAACUGCUGUGAAGAUUCCUAUGAGUUCCGCCGGGACUGCAUUAGCAAUUUAGGAGUAGAUCCAGAUUAUGUCCCUGUACCAUUCUCUUCCGAACUCUUCACCUCCCACCAAGAUCUAUGCUCGGCUACCCCAGAUGAAUUGCUCCUAAGGAAGCAAAAGCAGCUUGUCCACUUAAUAAAACACCAACCCAAUAGCACCGCUGAGCAAAUAGCAGAAAUGACUGGAUAUUUCUCUGCCAUGGUGACACAAUGCUGCGAAGCCGAAAACCAUGAGGAAUGCUUUACGACAGAGGGUCCAAAACUGGUUGAGCGCAGCAGAGCUGUUUUUGGAGAGCAGUAAUAAUCUCAGAAAGGAAGAACACUGGAAAUAAAGCCCAAAUAAGCUCAAGCAUCCUUGGUUGCUUCUUCACUUGUGACACACCACCUUUCUGAUUCACAGGAAAAAAGGAUUUGAUUCUUCCAUAAAAGUGUUUAAAUAAAAUCUUCCCCUGUUGCA